GACCGUAUGGAAACAUUGAUGGAGGAAUUAGACAAAUGGGUAACUCUUCUAUGACAAGUCUUCUGGGCUCAUUUAAUAACGCUCGCCAGCCUGGUAUGUCAAAUAAUACUCAAAGGACGGAUUUUCCUGCCCGAUCAGGAGCAACUAAUUUGGUUGGUUCCGUUGGACGGGAUGUUACCAUGCAGUCAAACUUUGCUGGUUCCUUUGGCAGGGAUGGGAGUCGUACCCCAGGCGGAGGAGCUAGGUCAGGAAUGAGAAGUCUGAUGGGGCCGCCUUCAAUUCCUUCAUUAUUUUCAGCAAGUGGUGCUGGAACAACACAAUCUAAUCUUGCCACUCCACAAGGCCAGAAAAGGCCGUUUUCCCAUGUGUUGCCGUCACCGGAGCCGAGUCCAGAAGGAGAUUAUAUAGGUCAACAUUCACAGGGUUUAGGUGGACAUUAUGCUGACACUUACACUAAACGACAAAAAUUGACUGGAAGAUUCUAGGCAAAAAAAAACCACUUAUCAUAAUUGAAAAAGGAUAUUUGUGAGAAAUGCUUCUUAAGAGAUUUAUACAAGAAAACCGCUUGCGUAAAAAGAUUCUGCUGGUAACUAAACAAAGUUUGAAAAUAUUGAAACAAAAGGCACCAAAGAUCAAUGCAUCUCUAAAAUGUUUUUGGAAAAAUAUUGUAUAAAUGCGAAAUGCUAUGUGCAUUAGAAGUUGCAAUUGAUGUGGAUUUAGUUGUGUGAUAUGUAAAUUGCAUUAACUAUUUCAGUAAGUGGUACAUGCUUACUAGAAAUACAUGUCAUUGGUUGUUAACAAUGUUAUACUUGUUGUUAUUUCAGAUAUUUAUACGAGUUGAGAUUAUAUUGAUUAAAUUGUGCGGCCUUUGUAGCCGAGUGGUUAGAGUCGCUGACUUCAAGCCACUUGCCCCUCAUCGUUAGGGGUUCGAACCACACCAAAGAUUUGCAACUCUUUUAUGCCAGGAAGCUAUCCAGCUAUCUUCAGGAUAGUUAGUGGUUAGUGGUUUGUUCUGAGUUGUCUUCUGUUGUCCGAAGUAUUGCAGUGAGUGGCACCUCGAGUUCUUCCUCUGUCAGUAAAGCUGGGAAGUUGCCGUAUUGUCUUAACAGUGUUCUGGUUACUUAACAACAAAACAAAUUGUAAGAUAUGGCUUCUAUUAGCUUAUUAGAAGAUAGUGUUGUAUUUUGUUUAUCUGUACAUAGAAUAGAAACUUAUUGUGCUAUGAGUCAAAUCUUGCCAUGCGCUGCCUUCUACCUUUAUCAUAAUAAUGUGAUGAAUUGAACUUGUUGCUGAUGUUUGGAAAUAUCCAUAGUAAUUUAUAUGGAUUCCAAUAUCAAACUUUAUAGAAUAGUGUUUACAGCAAACAUUGUAAAAGUUUGGUCAGACUACAUAAAUGUUAUGGCUGACGAUGGUCAGAUGCCUGUAUUUGAGUGGCUUGGGAAAGUAAAGAUUUUUUUUUUGAUUAUAGUUGUUUUAGGUUUAAUUGUUUUUGAUAUUGUUACAUAUUUAUUAACUGUUGCAACAGAAUUAAUUAUAAUUCUUGCAUUUCAAGAAUGCGUCUCUAUGACUUGCCCACUGUUUUUUCUGACUUCCUUUCCCCAUUUCUAUUUCAUGUCCAUCUAUCUUCUAUUAGUUCUUAUAAAACUACAUGUAUUUCUGUCUCGUAAUUUUAAUAACUUGUCGUUUAGUGUGCAUUUUUGCCUUUAUUGAUGUUUUAAAACAAAUAUGUAUUAUAAAUGAAUGUCAUAGAAACUCCACCUUAGUUAAGUUUAUGCAUGAUUGUAAUAACAGGUCCAAAGGGCCAUAACUCUUAUUUAGUUCUUUUUACAACCAUGUUUUUUUUAAAGUAAAAUGUGAUUCACUUAAAUUUUGACCAUGUGAUGAAAUGAAAAAGAUUAACCCUUAACCUGCUGGAACCAGUUUUAGCCAGUCGGUGCCGUCUGCUCUAUACUGAUGGUAGCUUGAUUAUAAAAUCCCUUAAAAUUCUAAUGGACUGUUCCAAAUUCAAAGCA